AUGUCACCGACAGAUCCUACACCUCGUCUCGAAAGUCCCAUCAGCUUCACCACAGCUCCAGCGCUGAAACCACGAAAGAAGAAAGAUAGCUACAAAGUCACAAAGCCAGCCCCGAGGACACCAAUGCGCAAGCGUCGCAGGGCUCUCAGCGACGACCUGGGACCUUCAAAUGAUCAAGAGAAUGGCAGCCAUAACAAACCAUCAACGCCAAAGCGCCAGCGCAAGUACCCACCCACUCUCCCACUAGGACUAGACCAGCGCGACUUCGACGACCUACUCUCGCAUUCAACUCCAGAGACUGCCGCGCACACUCCAUUCCAGAUGUAUCCCGACACCACAUUCACCACGCCCUCGCGCCCUCUCCCCUUCAAUCUCCCAUUUCACCCUGGCGCACCUUCUUCUCUUGACCCCAGCAUUUUCCCCAACGAAAACCAAGAAGAUACACCAAUGCCCACCCCCGAAGACGACGCAGCUCUCACAACCCUCAUCCUGAGCAAACUGCGCCUCCGGCAAGAAGACUGGGACGAAUGCGCCCGCAAGCUGAGCGAGCGCGGCGGCAAGGACAGUAUCGGGGAGAGGUGGAAGAUGCUAGUUGCGCGGGAGGACGCGGGCGUGCAGUUUGCGCGACGGAGGUCGGGUUUGAGGAGACGGGGGUCGUUGGCUAAUUUGUUGGAGAUGGAGAUGUGA